GGCGCGGUAGGCGGGAAAGGGUAAGAUGGCGGCGUAGAGGCGACUGGUGUGACCUGUACCCACCGUGCCGCGUCCUCGCAGGAGGCGGGCGGGUCCCCGCGCGGCAGCCGCGGGCGCUGCGUGGCGGAGCGACGAGGAGGGGGAGAAAAAGGGCGCCGGUGCCGCAGCCGCCGCCAUGCCCAACAUCAAGAUCUUCAGCGGUAGCUCGCACCAGGACCUGUCCCAGAAGAUCGCCGAUCGCUUGGGCCUGGAGCUGGGCAAGGUGGUCACCAAGAAGUUCAGCAACCAGGAGACAUGCGUGGAAAUAGGCGAGAGUGUUCGUGGGGAGGACGUCUACAUUGUGCAGAGUGGCUGUGGGGAAAUCAAUGACAAUCUGAUGGAGCUCCUCAUCAUGAUAAAUGCCUGUAAGAUUGCCUCAGCCAGCAGAGUCACAGCUGUCAUCCCCUGCUUCCCUUACGCCCGGCAGGACAAAAAGGACAAGAGUCGAGCUCCCAUCUCUGCCAAGCUGGUUGCAAACAUGCUGUCUGUGGCAGGUGCAGAUCACAUAAUCACCAUGGACCUGCACGCAUCUCAGAUUCAGGGUUUUUUUGAUAUCCCUGUUGAUAAUUUAUAUGCCGAGCCUGCUGUACUGAAAUGGAUCAAAGAGAAUAUUCCAGAGUGGAAGAACUGCACCAUUGUUUCACCAGAUGCUGGUGGAGCCAAGAGAGUGACCUCCAUUGCAGAUCGGUUGAACGUAGACUUUGCCCUCAUUCACAAGGAGCGCAAGAAGGCCAACGAGGUCGAUCGCAUGGUGCUGGUGGGGGACGUCAAGGACAGAGUGGCCAUCCUGGUGGAUGACAUGGCAGACACAUGUGGCACCAUCUGCCACGCUGCAGACAAGCUUGUGUCAGCUGGAGCCACCAAAGUUUAUGCCAUCUUAACUCAUGGGAUCUUUUCUGGGCCAGCAAUUUCCCGGAUCAACAAUGCCUGUUUUGAGGCAGUUGUAGUCACAAACACAAUACCCCAGGAGGACAAGAUGAAGCAGUGCCCUAAAAUCCAGGUGAUUGACAUCUCAAUGAUCCUUGCGGAGGCCAUCAGGAGGACUCAUAAUGGGGAAUCUGUUUCCUACCUAUUCAGCCAUGUCCCUUUAUAACAACAGAUGUCAGCUGCUGCUUGUAUGGCUUUUUUUUUUAAAACCAAAAGUUGUUCAGCUUGUUGUAAAGUUCAGUAGAAGACUGCUUGUUCCAGUGCAGUUCUCCACAUCUCCUGCAUAAGUCAGGCUUACUGGCUCUGUUCCCAACACUGGGAGGCUGGAGGGGGAAAGCUCAUCUUUGUAACAGCCAACUCCACCAGCACCCCUGUGCAUGGAGCUGAUCAGUAGCACUGACUCAAUUCUACAGGUCUGUGGAGAGCAGGACUGACACAUGGCUAAUUGCCACAAUUAUUUUGAGGGGGGGAGGGAGAGGGUUUGUCUGUGGGCAGGGUUAGAUGAUCUGGCAUGUGCACCCUAAAUUGUUUGGGAAGUAGAGCUCUCUAGGACAUGUUGAUCUGGAUCUACAGCAAGAGCCCAAGAGACUGCUGGCUGUCUUACCACUCUGAACCUGACAGAGCCCUUGGGGAGUGGUGGGGAAGGCUUGUGUCUUGGCCAAGCUUGACCCUUGGUGAAGCCCUGGGAGACACCAUGGGGGUGGUUCUGCUACAGCUUCCUCCCAUAAAAGGAGAUCAGUGUAGCUUGCAAACUUGAAUUCCUCUUAAUUGUUGGUGAAAUUAAAUGCCCUUUAGUGCACUACACAGCAAAGUGAGGGUGAGAGCAGAGUCUGUGUUAGCUUAGUGGGGAAGGUGAAUCCUGGACAAGUGUUCUUUUCUGAAAGCUCUGACAUAGAGAACUUACGGUGGUUGUGUGUUUUGGUUUCUAGUGCAGGCUAAAACCAGCUUCUCAAUUUCACAGCUUCCUGUUAGCCUUGCUAGCUAACUAGAGCACUGCUGUCAUGUGCUGCUGCUGCACCUUGACCUGCUGUGCAGCCCCCUGACCCUUUUUUUACCAGUACAGUAGUAAACAGAGCCUCUAUCCAACAGCAGCAGGGUUGUUGCAUAUAGCAAGUGCCUGCUCAGAUGCUGGGGUGACCUGAAACACAACAGCUUUGUGUCCAGCUGGCUCAGCCUCUCACUCAAUGCCUGUUACAGUCCUGUUAUCCUGGAAGUUACUGACACAUUGUCCUGCUCACUGUCUGCCUUUCCUUGAAAGCCUUGCUUCUUGCAAAAUACAUUAAGCCAAGGAGCACUGCAGGUUGCAGAACAACAAAACCUGAAGGAGCCCUUGGAGUGGGUCUGAUGCUUGCCAGGAGUGUUUAUGGCAAUGGGUUGAAGAGGCUGGUGAUACAUAAUACUAGCAGAACACCAACCUGACAGGCCAGAAAGUGCCUGAAAGAAAAAUACCAAAACCUAGAGCUGGCUGAGGCUCUUGGAUGUAAUAAGUAUCAUCUAAAACUUGAAUACUUUGAAAAUCUACCAGACAAUCGUAAGGUAAACUGCUAAGUCUCUCUUGAACUCUUACGGUUUAUAGACCAAACUGUUUUAUUCUGGUUUUGUUUUGGUUUGGGUUUUUUUGUUUGUUAUUUUGUUUUUUGGGGGUUUUUUUGUUUGUUUGUUUGUUUUUUGAUUUUUGUUUUUUGUUUUUUUUUUUUUAAUAAGCACUCCUUUUUUAUUUGUUUUUGAGCUGGAGGAAGGGAAAAAGGGAAAAGAAGGAACUUGAAAUUACUUUCUAGAGUAACCAGCAUGGCUUUGAGAAGCUGGGGGCUGGGGUAUAAGUGAAAGAUGGGGAACUAACUGAAAGAUGAGGUUAAAAUCUAGGGAAGUACUUCUUUAGUUGUGCCUUUUACUGAAGACUUCUCUCCCUUCCUAAACUCCUGUCCUGUGGCAACAUUAACACUUCUAUUAGUGUAGAGCUUUUCUUUUUGUAUAAGAAUUGGUGUUUGUCUGGAAAUUGUGCAUCUCUUGCUUCUUUGCUUUGCAUCCUGCACUGAGCUCUCCUGAGUCUGUGAUCCCACCUCCUGUAUGAGAGCCCCUGCUGCCAUCCUGCUGCUGCUCUGAGAGCCAAAGGCCAGGACAGCAGAGCAGCGCUGGGAGAAUUUUCAGCAGCAUUUGUGUUUAAAGUUAAGACCUGAUGAAGGAAUUAAACUUUUAUUUAAAAA